AUGGUCCUCAACCGUUACACGGUUACAAGCGAAGAAGCCAUUCAAUUCUAUCGCCAACCUCAGAUCUCACUCAGGCCUAAGGAAGCCACCAGCGAGGAACUCAAUCUCAGAGCAGAUGAGAUCUUCUCUGACAGUGAUACGAGUCCAGGAGUAGUGACUAUGACGGACGCUGUACCACUCGGGGCACUCUUUAAGUAA